GGUGGUUGCCACACGUCGCGGCCGCGCCUGGUGUUGGGGCAAGCCGGGCAUUCGCCAUGCCGGAUGAAUGCCCCGGGCAGCCGUGCUGCGGUGGCCCGGCAAGCACAAGGAGCCGGUGAGCCUCGAGGUGCUUUCCCUGCAGGAAGAAGUACAGAUCCUGCGGGAGGAGGCCGAUGAAGCCUUUGAGAACGUGGAGCUGGCGCGCCUGGCGGCGAAAACCCUGGAGGAACAGUUCCGCACAGAGCAGCAAGCCGCCCAGCGCCUACAGCAGCUCUACGAGGCGCAGCUGGAUCCCAGGCGAUCGGAGUUCCAGGCGCUGGAAGAGCUCCGGCGGAGUGAGCUUCGGCUCGAGUCGGAGGAAAGCAAAGCCCGAGCUGCAGAGCAAGAUUUUAGAGAGAGGAUUGACCUGCUUUCCUCCGAGUUGCUGCAAAGUACCAGCGAGGUGCGAGACGCAGCAGCCGAAGCAUCGAGGAUCGAGUCUGCUCAAAGCCACGCUGCAGAAGAGCUGCAGCUCGUGCGGGCUUCUGAGCAGGAGCAGGCAUCAAGAGCCAAAGCUGCCGAGGACAGGGCGAAGGUGCUCCACGAUGAAGUGGCAGCCCGGGAGGAGGUGGUUGAGCGAGUGCGGGGUCAGCUGGAACAGCUGGAAGCUCGAUCAGCUGCAGACGAAGCGCAAGAGCUGCGGUCGGACGUGGAGGAGAGCAAAUUUGAUCUGGAGCAAGGCCUCAGAGAAAGGAUCGACCUGCUUUCCUCUGAGUUGGUGCAAAGUACUAGCGAGGUGCAAGAAGCGGCGGCGGAAGCCGCGAGGAUCGAGUCUUCUCAAAGCCAUGCUGCAGAAGCGCUGCAGCUCGUGCAGGCUUCUGAGCAGGAGCAGGCAUCAAGAGCCAAAGCUGCCGAAGACAGGGCGAAGGCUCUCAACGCCGAAGUGGCAGCCCAGGUGGAGGUGGUUGAGCGAGUGCGGGGUCAGCUGGAACAGCUCGAAACUCGGUCAGCUGCAGACGAAGCGCAAGAGCUGCGGUCGGACGUGGAGGGGAGCAAAUCUGAUCUGGAGCAAGGCCUCAGAGAAAGGAUCGACCUGCUUUCCUCUGAGUUGCUGCAAAGUACCAGCGAGGUGCAAGAGGCAGCAGCCGAAGCGGCGAGGAUCGAGUCUUCUCAAAGCCAUGCUGCAGAAGAGCUGCAGCUCGUGCGGGCUUCUGAGCAGGAGCAGGAAUCAAGAGCCAAAGCUGCCGAAGACAGGGCGAAGGCUCUCAACGCCGAAGUGGCAGCCCAGGUGGAGGUGGUUGAGCGAGUGCGGGGUCAGCUGGAACAGCUCGAAACUCGGUCAGCUGCAGACGAAGCGCAAGAGCUGCGGUCGGACGUGGAGGGGAGCAAAUCUGAUCUGGAGCAAGGCCUCAGAGAAAGGAUCGACCUGCUUUCCUCUGAGUUGCUGCAAAGUACCAGCGAGGUGCAAGAGGCAGCAGCCGAAGCGGCGAGGAUCGAGUCUUCUCAAAGCCAUGCUGCAGAAGAGCUGCAGCUCAUGCGGGCUUCUGAGCAGGAGGAGGAGUCGAAAGCGAAAGCUGCCGAAGACAGGGCGCAGGUGCUCAACGUCGAAGUGGCAGCGCAGGAGGAGGAGGUGGAGCGAGUACGGGGGCAGCUGGAACAGCUGGAAGAACGGUCAGCUGCAGAUGGCGAGCGAGCUCUUCGCUCGGAGCUUGAGGAGAGCAGGGAAAUGGAGAUGGAUCUCAGAGCCAGUAUGCACCAGAAGUUCCUGGAGCUGGCCGAGCUCCACGAUGCCCGCGCGCUGGCGGAGGAAGAGGCCUGCCGCGCGGAGGCGGCCGAGGCGGGCGCCAAGGCGCUCCGGGCGGAGUUGCGCGAGGUGCCAGCUGUGAAGGUGGUCACUGCAGACGGAGAGGCCUCGGGCAGCUCCACGCCGCGCAGCGCCACGCUGAGCUUGACGCCCUCCGCCUCGGCCGCCUCCGGGCCGUCCGUCACGCCCGGAUCCAAGCGCCGGGGGCUGCUGGGGGCCUUCCGGAGGCCCCGCAAGGGUGGGGUCUCAGCAGAUCGGCUGGAGGUGCAGCAGGAGCUGUUGCUCGCCCGGGAGCGGGCCGCGGAGGCCCUGGACGCCGCGGAGACCCAGGAGAUGCGCGCGGAGGAGCUGCAAAAGAUCAAGAACGCGCUCACGCUGCAAUUGACGGAGCAGCAAAGGAGGGAGUCCGAGCUUGAGACCGAGCUGGAGACCGCGCGAGGCUCAGAGUCAGAGCUGCGAGGAGAGCUGGAGCGAUCGAGCCGUCAAGGCGCAGAUGUGGCAGCUGCAGGGGAGCUGGAGACUCAGCUACUGGCACUGCGAGGCUUGGAGUCAGAGCUGCGCAAAGAGCUGGCAAUGGAGCGGAGCCGUCAAGGCGACGCAGCGGACGUGGCUGCACCUGCCCCGGAAGGCGCAGUGGCGCGGCCGUCCGCUAAAGAGACAGACGAGGAUCCGGAUCCGGAUCCGCACGCGGAUCGAUGCUCGGCCUUGGAGGCGGAGCAAGCGAAAGAUGAGGCGAGGAGAGCCGAAGCGGAGGCGAAGCUGUCAGCAGAGGAGGCAGUAGCGGCAAAGGAGGCGCUCGCGAGAUCGAAGCAGGAGCAGGCGAACCUCGCGGCGCGGCUGGAGGAUAUGGAGUACGCGCUGCAGAUCGCCAGCGAGGCUGCCGCGGAGGACGCCGUUGGAGAGGAUCCCAUCGGCGUCCGCGAGGCGUGCAGGCUCCGAUCGGAGUGCCGUGCGCUACAGGCCGAGCUGAAAGCCGGCGAAGCCAAUGCCGAAGCCAAUGCCGAAGCCAAUGCCGAAGCCGCGGUCCAAGAGGUCCAAGGAACACAGCGGGCUUACCGCCCCACCGCGGAUUUCGGGGAUGUGUCGAAGCUCUGGAGGUUGAAGGAAUUCGGCUCCGGCUCCGGGGAGAUGCUGUCCAUCGCCGAGGAGCCGAAAGAGGCCGUCAACCCAUUCGCGGACGAGGAUCCGUUUCAGGACAUUGAGCCGGAGGAGGCGCCGGUGGCCGCGCGGCCCACCGCGGUCUCCUUCGCGCCGCCGCGGCGCGGGAGCUCCGGGCUGAGGAAUCCCUUCGACGACGACGCUUCGAGCCAGGCCUCGGAGGAUCUCCCCGCAGGUCACAUCGCUUCUGGAGGGGGCUCCUUUGGCAGGGCCAGCGGCGGGAUUCUGCCCCUGCCGGAAAUGCCAGAGGAGUCCGUCCGCGAGGCGGGCCUGGAGGCUGCAGAGGAGGUCCGGAGCUUGCGCAGGGCCCUGAUUUCUGAAGAGGCCGCGUGCGCACAGGCCAAGGCGGAGCUGGAGGCGCAGCUGCAGGCGGCGGAGGCCUCGGAGGCGGGGAGUCUGCGGCGGCGGCUGGCGGAGGAGAAGGCGAAGAGCCGGGCCUUAGGGGAGCGUGCCAUCCGCUCCGAGCGGCACCGGCAGAAGCUGCUGGAGGAGAUCGUGGAGGAUGGGCAGAUGGAUGUGGAGUUUGCGUCCCUCGUGAAGGCGGUGGGCCGCACCGCCAAGGCCAUCGGCGCCAUCUCCCGGGAGGCCCCGCGCCUGUCGAAGCUGGCCCAAGCGCCGCUCACGGAGGCGCCCUCUGCUCGCUCGCCGCCGCCGCUGCCAGCGCCGGCGCAGGUGCCGGCGCGGCUCGAGCCGAGGCCGGCGUCGCCGAGGUUGACUCGGCUCCCGACUCCGGCAGAACUCGCUGCUGCCCAGAGUGCACCGAGCGAGGUGGAUUUGACAUAGGCUGCCUCCACGAGCAGUUCGAGGCCCACUUGCCAAUCCGUACCAUAGUGAGCCUAGGAGAGGAUGGUAUGUCGCAGAUGGAGAGCACUUCUGAGUUUCCAC